CAGUCAGGAUUUCAACUCCACAAUGCUGCUGUGCUGGGAUGUGACACGCUGCCUACCCAGGGCUGGAAGGUGGUCGAUGAUGUUAGGAGGAAACAUAAACCCAGAUGAAGAGUGGCAGAAGCAAUGGAGGGACCAACCCCAGAGCCCGUGUAUGUUGAUGUGGACAAGGGACUGACAUUAGCAUGUUUUGUUUUCCUCUGCCUCUUCUUAAUUGUGAUGAUUAUUCGAUGUGCAAAAGUCAUCAUGGACCCUUACAGUGCCAUCCCAACAUCUACAUGGGAGGAGCAGCAUCUAGAUGACUGA